AUGCUACGAAACAAUCUAUCCAAAGCCCCACCCAACGACCCUUCGGAGGACAUCUGCCCGGUCUGCAAAUCCAAUCGCUACCUCAACCCCUCUCUCCAGUUCCUCAUCAACCCAGAAUGCUACCACAAGAUGUGCUCGACUUGCGUGGAUCGAAUCUUCACUUCAGGUCCAGCAUCAUGUCCUGUACCGUACUGUGGUAAAACUCUGCGCAAAAAAGGAUUUCAUAAAGCGUUCUUCGGCGACCUAAAAGUUGAGCGUGAAGUCGAUAUUAGAAAGAGAGUAGGUGCCAUAUUCAAUCGCCGGCAAGACGAGUUCGAGACGCUGCUGGAUUGGAACAAUUACCUUGAGGAGGUAGAGAGUUUGAUUUUUGAUCUGGUGGAGGGCACGAGGGAAGAGAAGAUCAAGGCGGAGGAGAGGUUGAAAAGAUACAAGGAGAGUAAUAUGGGUGACAUCGAGGAUAAUCGCAAGGCAGGAUUGGAGGAGGCUGAGAUGGAGAGGAGGAGAGAGAAGGCGGAAAGGGAGGCUGCGAGGCAGAGACGUCUGGCUAUCAUCAGAGAGGAGGAGGCUGCCAAGGCAGAUGUCGAGCAGAGUCGGAGAGAGGUGUUGGAGAGAUUGGCGAAUACAGAUGAGGAUGCUCGGAAGAUCACUAUGCAGGCUCAGAAGAUCAUUUUGAAGAAGAGUGGUGCUAGGAGGGAAAUGGCGCAGGCUUUGGGGGAGGCGAAUGGCAGUGCUGGUAGUGGGUUGACGUUGAGAGGGCUGAAGAAGAAGGAGGCUCCUGCUGUGGAGAAGCCGUAUGAUCCAUUCGGAGGUGUAGAUCUCACGCCGUCGAGAUAUCUGCUCCAGGAUGACUACCAGAGCGAGUGGCUCGCAAAUGCUAAGUCGGAUCAACGGCAUAUGGCGGGUGGAUACAGUCUUAAGGAGUAUUAUGCAAGGACGAUGUUCGAGGCAUUUUCUGGGCUGGGAGUAUUCAUAGAGGAUGAAGUUGCAGACAGACCACCGCCUGUUGCAUCGUCUGUGGGGGCGUCUAUGGCAGCGGUACAAGCGUCUACGAGGAAGUUAAAACUGGAGUCUAAAAUGGAACUGGACGAUGUUUUUUAG